UGUGGGCGGGAAUCUCUCUGCACUAACCUCCUCUCUACUUGAAUGAACUAUAAGUGCAAAGUCAUACUACACUGUUUAGUGUAUCCGAGAGACGGAGAAACACUGUACCUGAGGGCAUUUCACGGUUAAUAGAUACAUACAUACAAGAUUUACUCCCGGCCACCGAGCAAUGGAGCAUCACGUAAACGCGAAACGGCUUUUCAGUCAUGCGACAACGCUGAAGCUUCACACGGGGAAUUUAGUGAACCGCAGUCGGCUUAAGAAGAAAUGUCCGUCUUCGCCCAGUGAGGAGCUUCAAGACUGCAUUCAAGGCACAUUGAGCGAGUGGUUCACCGCAAUGCCGUCAUCCCUUGACUCUGAGCUUCCCAGUGUUUUGGACUGCAGCAUUCCUGAAAACACAGAGGCCAUCACUCCAGAGGAGAGAGAGGAGCUGAAGGUGUCCGUAAAGCUUUUUCUCACUGAGUGGGACUGCUCAUCCAUCAGAAGUGCGGUAGACAUGGCUUGCCUGUCGUUAGGUGUCUCUCAGUUGGAUUCUGUGAUCAUCGCUCCUCCUUCUCUUCCCGAGGGUGAAAGCCAGACACUGACACACCUGCAGCCUCUCUGGCAGGAGCUGGAGAGUCUGGUGCAGAGCCAGAAGAUUGCUGCCAUCGGCACCUCAGACCUGGACAAAACCCUCUUGGAGCAGCUCUAUAACUGGGCUCAGCAGAUAAAGCCAAGCAGUAAUCAGGUCAAUCUAGCCUCAUGCUGUGUGAUGCCUCCAGAUCUCACUGCAUUCGCUAAAGAGUUCGACAUUCAGUUGCUGACACACAGUGACCCCAAAGAGCUCAUCAGUGCAGCAGGUUUUCAGGAGGCGGUGCAGGGCAGCAGUCAGGAGCUGCAGGUGGACGACUGGAGGCUGGAGUGGGUUUUGCGCUACUCCAUUAUCGUCAAGAGCAGAGGCAUCAUAAAAGCAAAGGGCUACAUUGUUCAUGCUAAAAAGAGCAACAACCAUUAACUGGGCUUUUCGGCUUCCUCAAAUUUAUUCCACCAAACUGUUGUCCUCUAUUACAUCAUUGAUGGGUGGCUUCGUCAGCACACUAAAGUGAAUUUGAGUUAUCCGAGGAACAAAAAAAAUCACUUGAUGCAUUUUUCCUGAUGAUUUCAAUUAUUUAGACAGCGAGCUGUUUGUGUAGAAACAUGCAAAGUGCCUGCUUUUCUGUUGUUGUUUUUUUUGUUGACUUUGCCUGGUUUAAUUUGCAGUAAUUAUCCAAUAGGUUGAUGGGAUAGAAAAUCAGGAUUUAAGAACCAAAAGGUUGUUUUUGUAAUCAAAUAUUUUAAGUACAGGGCCUGUUUUAAUGUUCCCGUGACCUUGUUUUCAGGAGAAAAAAAAAAGACAUUCACACCCUUAUGCCCUUAUGGUUGUGUUGAAAACUUUUUUUAUUUCAAGAAGUUUACCACAGAGAUUUGUUUCCGAAUUAGUUUUAGAUUUUUUUAAUCUUUUAAUUUUAAUGUCCUGCUGGCGUUUUUUAUGUUCGUAUAAUUUAUUUUUUGCUUUGCUUGGAAUUAUUUUUAUUAUCAUUUUAUCUCUUUUGCAUCCCUUUGCUUUGCUUACCUGAGAUAAAAUAAAUAUUAAGGUAUGUAACUGUAUGCUGUUAAAAUGCAUGGCAUAAACAGCCUUGAUUCAUUGUGUAUAUAAAAACACUGGAAACAAAAGUCCACACUUGAAGAAUACCAAGGCUUAUCGCUCCAGUAUGGAGUGAGUAGUCAGAGUAUAUAUUUUUACCUGUGUUAUUUAUUCAUUGUAAUGGCAAUUCCUGUUGGAUCCAAUCCUAUAAGAGAGAUUGUUUCUUGUACUGUACAUGUAAUUACUAUUUUCCCAUAUUGUGAUGAACAUUUUUAAUCUGGUUUAUAAACUUCGCAAUUGAAAAUGGA